AUGGCGCUCACCGGGUGCCUGCUGCUGCUGCUGCUCUGCGCGAGGCCCGUGUCUGCGGUGACAAUGGAGAAUAAGAUCCUGGUUGUGUCCUUCAAGGUAGGCUCCAGGCCCGCUGCCCUGUCCCCGGGAGGCCUCCACACGCCGGGCGCCCUGGCCCUUUCCAGAGGAAACCUUGCCAGGCUCGACGGGUCUGAAGGCCGGGGGCCGGGCGGGACCAAGGGAAGCGGAGAACAGGGGGGCUCCCUCGGGGUCUGCACCGCCGGGAGCAGAUCCGGGCUGACCUUGCAGAAGAUCGGGGAGCCGUGUGUGCACAACGUGGAGUGCCAGAGCGGGUGCUGCACCACCAACAGCCUGAACCCCCAGAAGUUCUGCACGACCCAGACCCUCCUGGGGCAGUGCCUGCCCUGGCGGAAGCCCAUCGGCUACUCGUGCACAGACAAGACGGAGUGCAGCAGCAACUGCUGCGUCACCAACAACUACAACCCCUUCCUGUUCUGCACGCCCCGCAACAUCUUCCUCCAGUGCCUGGAGUGGCGCAAGCCCAACCACGACCACUGCGAGGACCACACGGAGUGCCGCAGCCUGUGCUGCCUCCGCCUGACCGAGGCCAGCUCCCCGCGCUGCGUGCGCCGCAGCGGGCUCCUGGCGCGCUGCCUGCCCCAGGUGAGUGCAGGCGGGCGGGGCGGGGGCGGCCGGGUGUCUGACCCCCCCGUGUUCGGCACCCACAUCCUGACCAGCACCCAGGCCCCACGAGUGCGCAGAAUGUGCCCAAUCGUGGCCAAAUAA